AAAGCGCAUCUACUCGAGCCUCCUCAUCCCGUGCAAACAUUUGCUGUUCUCGUUGUCGACCAAGCUCAUCGACGAUCAGUUGCACCGGCCCAAGAAUGAAGUCUUCUACCAGCUCGGUGCUCGUGCUGCUGGUCGUAAUUUUGGGCCUGAGCACAGCGCCGAAUGUGGAGUCGAGUCACGAUGAUCGGCCUCAGAAACUGACAGUGUAUGUAUUUCGGAAGUAUAAUGUACCAAACACCACGAUUCAGUACAUAUACCCGGAUCUCGUCCCGCCGCAGCCAUUCCCCAUUGGAGGAGCUUCAGUAUCCGUAGAAGAUAGUAUUGUCAGGAAGACGGCGUCUAAUACAUCAGAACAGCUCGGUACCUCACGGCUCAUCCAGUCUGUGGGGUUCAGGGAAACAGAUUAUUUCAGGUCUCAGGGGAUAGGGCUUCUGGAUCUGAAUACCACGAAUUACGUCGGUACGAUUUCGUUUUCCGGUAUCGUAAGUAUCGGUGUGUUCACACCCCCUAUCGAGGAACUAUCCAUCACCGGUGGCACGGGAGCUUUUCGAAUGGCCAGAGGUUACAUUCUCACUUCUACUGUCUUUGCCGACUUUCAAGUUGAGAUCAUUCAGACAGUGAAAUACGAUAUAUCCCUGUUCUAUGAUUAAACCCUGAAUUGAUGACGCAAUUCUACAUUGACAAUUCUGUGUUCUUGAGAUAUUCGUUCACUAGCUCAGUCGGAACGGCUGACUGGAAUAAUCCGAAACGAGCCCAGAUUUCGUGGAGGAAGUUGCCUGAAUAAUUCUAAUGUGCCGAUACUCGGCCCGGAUCAUGUUGUAAAUCUCACUUUGAGUUAUAUAUUUUUAAGCCCUGGUGUUAGUGUUUUGUGUUUAAAAUGAAAUCUGAGAUGAUGGAAAGACACGUCUUCCUCUGCAGAUUGACUUCUGAUCAGAACUUCAUCAAGUAGCAAUUCUAUUGUUAGCGGUGUGUUCAUCCUGCACGAGAAUCCCUUCCAUGCUCUGCAUCUGUAGCUCCCCCGAUGCAGCUAUUGCUCUCUUCACUUACACACGAUAUCGUUGCACUUGCAAAUCAAAUGAAGCACGAAGACUGUAUGAUCGAGUGAUGCUUCGUACACAUGGACAGCUCAACAGCGAUUCAAAGGGAAAAGAUCUUCCCUCGAGUUCUGAAGAACGGGUUCUUAUUGUUAAUUCAAGCAUGUGUUGAAUCGUUAGCUAUGCCCAAAGGAAUGCUCAAUAUCUUGCCGUAAACGCACGCAGUUGGAUUAUUCGGUUUCACAUUAUCCUAAUUCUAUCACCAAAGUAAAUGGAUAAUAUUGUAGGGAAUUGACCGCACCAUCUGAUGUCAUGUGGAUCCAGGUCGGAAUGGAAUUCUCAGGUACUGUAGUAUGUUUUUAUAUAAUUGGCAACUUACAGAAAAUGGUACAGUUCAAUGUUCAUGUGCCUAAAUUAGACUUAUGAAGUGCAUGAACAACAUGGCAUGCCAUUACCUCUUCCAUGUGCACACAAGGGAAAC